GCCGUGUGGUGGACAAGUCAGGUGUUAGCUACAACUUUAGCCACAUCUUAAUCUAGCCUAUUGAAUUGAAAAAUAUGCCGACCACUUUAACUAAAUCGCUACAGCACUGAAGACGACUUAAAACACCAUAUUUAUAGCCAAGUUCUCAAGAGUCAUUUUUACUGUGAUUCCAAGCGGAUAAAUAAAUGGACGUCAUUCACGAUGGACACGGGAAUUAAGAUAUCCCUGAAAAUUGCUGGGCAGUGAGCAUUAACAGUUCAGCAUGGCAGAGCCAGACCCAGAGCCAAUGUCCUCGGGAACAGGACAUCGUCUUGGAGCCCCGGAGACUCUUGGCAUCAGUACACUGGACCCUGGGCACAGACCCCCCGCCAUGCCCCCUGGGCGACUCGUCACCGUCAGGGUCCGCAUGCUGGACGACACUGAGGAGCUCUUUGACAUCUCGCAAAAAGCCUCAGGCAAGGUGCUGUUUGACCUGGUGUGCUCCCACAUGAACCUCGUCGAGGGCGACUACUUUGGUCUGGAGUUUCAGAAUCAUCAAAAGAUGACGGUUUGGUUAGACCAUAUCAAACCCAUUAUGAAGCAGCUCAGACGGCCGAAGCACACGACCCUGAGGUUUGCUGUGAAGUUCUUUCCUCCGGACCAUGCCCAGCUUCUGGAGGAGCUAACUAGAUACCUGUUUGCCCUCCAGAUCAAGCAGGAUAUUUCCUGUGGACGUCUGACCAGCAACGACACCAGCUCCGCUCUGAUGGUCUCCCAUAUCAUCCAGUCUGAGAUUGGGGACUUUGAGGAGAGCCAGUGCCGGUCCCACCUCCUCAACAACAAUUACAUCCAAGAUCAAAUGCCCCUGAUCGACAAGAUAAUGGAGUUUCAUUCCAAAAAUAUAGGUCAAACACCAGCAGUAUCAGACUACCAGUUACUGGAAGUGGCGCGCAGGUUGGAGAUGUACGGGAUUCGUCUACAUCCUGCCAAGGACCGAGAGGGCACGAGGCUAAGCCUGUCGGUGGCGCACACCGGUGUCCUGGUCCUUCAGGGACACACCAAGAUUAACGCCUUCAACUGGUCUAAAGUGCGUAAACUGAGCUUCAAGAGGAAGCGUUUCCUCAUCAAGCUGAGGCCGGAUCUAAAUAGUUCAUAUCAGGACACUCUGGAGUUUAUGAUGGGCAGCAGGGACUGCUGUAAAGUCUUGUGGAAGAUCUGUGUCGAAUACCACGCCUUCUUCCGCCUCUUUGAAGAACCAAAGCCCAAACCCAAGCCUGUGCUUUUCACCCGGGGCUCUUCCUUCAGAUUCAGCGGCCGCACUCAGAAGCAGGUGAUUGAUUAUGUGAGGGAGUCUGAGUUUAAGAAAAUCCCGUUUGAAAGAAAACACAGUCGGGUCCAACAAAACAUCCGCCUGUCGCCCCUGCCUUCGCCACGCCACCAUGAAGGGCCAACAGAAAGUGGUGCUCCCAGGGACAGAGUAGACUCUCCUUCUCGGCGUCACUGGAAGGAGUCGGCGUUGGUGAGUGCAGAAGACCCCUCCGCUCUGAGGACCACGAGGGCCAGCCCGUCGCUCCAGAGAAACGGCCACGAGGACCGAGCAGGGUCCGUGUCCAGGACCGAGGAAAGAAGAGGCUCGUCACGACAGACCCACCAAGAUCAUCCGAAUACAGGAGUGGUGUGUAACAGCCCCCACCUGUCUGUGUCCUCUGGUCACUCCCAUGGCAUGGUCAACGGUCAGAAGUCUCUGGAUCUGGGCAGUCACAGUCCCGACGGCAGACUACCUUCCCCCCUCACCAGCCCGCUGCUCAACGACGCCGGCAGCAUCCGCACUGACGAUGAAGACGAGGUGCGGAGGAAGAGGUUCCCAACAGAUCGAGCCUACUUCAUCGCCAAGGAGCUGCUGACCACAGAAAGGACGUAUGUGAAGGACCUGGAGGUGGUGACUGUGUCUUUCCAGAGCGCUGUAGGACAAGAUGAAGCGACUCCGGAGUCUCUGAAGAACACCGUCCUCUCCACCUUCGAGCCGCUGCACAAGUUCCACACAGGUUUUCUCAGGGAGGUGGAGCAGAGGCUGGCGCUGUGGGAAGGACGCUCCAAUGCUCACAUAAAGGGAGACUACCAGCGCAUUGGAGAUGUCAUGUAUAAGAACCUUCAAGGCUUAAAGCCACUGACUGCAAACCUGCAUAAGCAGUCUGAAGUGUUGUUGGAGCUGGAGAAGGCAACCAGGGGGUCCCACAGGUUGGAGGGUCUCUGCAGGGACUUUGAGCUGCAGAAGGUGUGCUACGUCCCCCUCAAUGUCUUCAUCCUGAGGCCUCUGCACCGCCUCAGUCACUACAAGCAGAUCCUGGAGCGCCUGUGCAAACACUACCCGGCAACUCAUGUGGAUUUCAGGGACUGCAGAGCUGCUCUGGCGGAUGUGUCCGAGGUGGUGGAGCAGCUCCAGGGAAGCCUGAACAAGAUGGAGAACUUCCAGAAACUUCUGGAGCUGAAGAAGGAUUUGAUUGGCGUCAACGAUCUUGUUGUUCCUAGUCGGGAGUUCAUCAGGUUAGGCUGCCUCAACAAACUGUCUGGAAAAGGCCUACAGCAACGGAUGUUUUUCCUGUUCAACGACGUCAUUUUGUACACGAGUCGAGGGAUGACUGCGACGAAUCAGUUCAAAGUGCACGGGCAGAUGCCGCUCAAUGGCAUGACAAUCAGAGAGAGUGAGGAUGAGUGGGGCGUACCGCACGCCUUCACACUGGUUGGACAGCAGCAGUCUGUGGUGGUAGCAGCAAGUUCACUGAUGGAGAGGGAGAAGUGGAUGGAGGACAUACAGAUGGCGAUAGAUACGUCGAAAACCAGCAAUGGGACAUCGGAACUACUGAUCUGCAAUCUGAUAGACAACAAAUGCCUUGAGGACUCCUCGUUGGAGGCGGAGUCUGAGGACGACAUUACAGCGUUGCACACGGCGCUGGAGAAGCCCGGCCCUCACCGUGGUAACACCAUGGUGCACGUGUGCUGGCACAGGAACACCAGUGUGUCCAUGGUGGACUUUAGCGUAGCUGUGGAGAAUCAGCUGUCUGGAAACUUACUGAGGAAGUUCAAGAACAGCAACGGCUGGCAGAAGCUCUGGGUGGUCUUCACCAACUUCAGCCUGUUUUUCUACAAGUCCCACCAGGAUGAUUAUCCACUGGCCAGCCUUCCUCUGCUGGGUUACUCAGUCACCGUCCCCAAAGACUCUGAAAACAUCCACAAGGACUACGUCUUCAAACUGCAUUUCAAGUCCCACGUCUACUAUUUCCGAUCGGAGAGCGAAUACACUUUUGAGAGGUGGAUGGAGGUGAUCCGCAGUGCCACGGUCCCCACCGGGGGCUCUCGUGUCCCGAACAGCAAAGAGUCCCAUCCUCUCUGAGAUGGCUCACCUUGUUUCAAAAACAACAGAUCCUUCGGGUGUCUUCUGCUCCCCCCCGCCCCCCCGGACUCUUUGCUUUUAUUUUCUACACAUAUCUGGGACAUUUGUAUAUGUGUCCAUGCACAUUUGGUGCUUUUUAAUGCUUUAAUGGUGACAUGUCCGCUGGUUUAGACUGCAUCAGAGACUGCAUUUUUUGGCAUUUUUACUCUCAACUCUGAAACCUCUUUUGAAGGAUGUCAUUUUAUACUGUUUUCUAAUGGUCUGAACCACUUCCUAUCUUUCUGGUUUUACAUUUUAUCAUUGUUGUUUUACAGCAGGAUAUGUUGAUAUUUAGAUAGUCAGCAUUCCCUCUUGGAUGGUUAAACUAUCACUGCAUUGUCAUAAUGUUUUUUCCACUUUUUCCUCUUAUUGAAAACUGCUGCUUUGAAAAUAUCCUGCAACUUCAGUGCCAAACCGGUUUCUAUCAAUGUCCUGGACUUUUUAAUGCUAUUUUAUAACAUUGGGGAGUGUCUCCUUAUACUGUAUUCUAUGACAUUUUAAACAGGCAACCCUUUAACGGUGAAUGCUCUGUUCACACCUGGCCCAGCACAAUGUGUUUGUGUUAAAAAAAAUAAUGAAAAUAUUAUUUUGUUGUAUUAUUAAAUUACCCUAGAAUUGCUCACGAUGUGGCCAUGGGUAGCUGCCAUCCCAGGUUAAUGCCAUUUCAAGUAAAGUAAAUAUUCUAUUCGCUGAUAUUUGUUGUAUGAAUAAGUCUCAGGCUGUUUAGAUUUUCUUUUUUAUCAACUAAAGUUUGACUUCAGCUGUAUGAGAAAAUGUGAGACUUGUUCGGAAUCGUUGUAUGAUGAAGGUGAGUGUAAGUGAAAGCUUUAAAGAUUAUGUGUGAAACUAAAUAGAAACUUUCAGUUCCAAGCGUUGCCGCCCUCAGUGAACUAGGCUGCCUCCUGUAUACAGAAACCAGAUCUUUGUAUGGGUCGAAAUGAAUGGAAAUAUGCAUUUAACAGGGUUUUGCAGUGACGAAAAUGAAAUGGAAAACCUCAGUUCUUCUUAGAAUUGCAGCAUGUUUUUCGCAGACAACCGAGAGCUCUUUGGAAAUGAAAGCAAUAAAAGAAACGUAUUCAAACUUG